AUGGGGUUUCUUCUGCUGGCCCUGACUCUGAGCUACUGGAGUUACAGCGUGGAGGGAUCCUGUUCCGAUGGCAGCUCAGUGACUUGUGACCAGUGUCUGCAGCUCAGUCCCCUGUGCGCCUGGUGCAAGCAGGAGAACUUCACAGACUGGUUUUCAAUGGGGGAAAGAUGUGACACACUGGAUAAAUUAUUAGAAAAGGGUUGUGCCAAGAGCCAGGUGGAGUUCCCAGUCUCCAGGGGACAGAUUCUCCGGGACAGGUCCCUGGGGAAGAAGACAAACAGCACCAACAGCACACAGAUCUCCCCACAAAAGAUGAGCCUCAACCUCCGCCCUGGCAGCCAUGUUACUUUCCAAGUAAAAGUGCAGCACACAGAGGACUAUCCCGUGGAUGUAUACUAUCUAAUGGAUCUGUCCGCCUCCAUGAUCGACGAUUUGAAGAUGAUCAAGGAACUGGGGUCUUCGUUGUCCAAAGAAAUGGAAAAACUCACAAGUAAAUUUCGAAUGGGCUUUGGCUCUUUUGUGGAGAAACCUGCCCUACCCUUUAUCAAGAUCACUAAAAAGGCGCUAGACAACCCUUGCAGUAGCGCCAGUUCUUGGUGCCUGCCAACGUUUGGAUAUAAACACGUCCUUUCUCUGACGAGUAGCACCGGCCAGUUCAACGAGAUUGUGGCACAGCAGCAUGUCUCUGGUAACAUUGACAGUCCGGAAUGCGGUUUUGAUGCAGUUAUGCAGGCGGCAGUGUGUGGGGAGAGGAUUGGCUGGAGAAACGAUUCAAUGCGUCUGUUGGUGUUUGUGAGUGACGAGGACUCGCAUUUUGGAAUGGACAGUAAAAUGGCUGGUAUCGUUGUCCCCAAUGAUGGACAAUGUCACCUGAACUCUGACAAUGAGUAUUACAUGUCAACAAAGCAGGAGUAUCCAACCCUGGGUCAACUGAUUGAUAAGGUGGUGGAGAAUAACAUCUUGCUAAUAUUUGCAGUAACAAAAAAUCAGAUAAGCAACUAUAAGAACUAUGCAAACCUCAUACCUGGAGCUACAGUGGGAGUCCUGGCUGAAGACUCAAAGAACAUCCUGGAGCUGAUAGUAACAGCAUACAAAGAGCUGCGUUCGGAGGUUGAGUUGGAAGUUCUUGGAGACACUGAGGAUCUGCAAAUGUCUUUCACUGUCAUCUGUCCAAACGGGACAAUCGCCCCAGACAUGAAACGCUGCUCAAACGUCAAACCUGGAGAAACGGUGGUGUUCAAUGUGACAGUAGGCCUCCCCAGCUGCCUCUCUGUCCCCCGUCACUUCUCGCUCAAACCGGUGGGACUUCAGGACUCUCUGGACAUAGAACUGGACUCUCUCUGCGACUGCAACUGUGGCCCGCCCCCGGACUCCAACAGCAGCCAGUGCACCUCGGGACAGGGGGCUUUCCAAUGCGGCGUCUGUGUGUGUCAGCCUGGCUUCAUGGGAGUCAACUGUGAAUGUAAUGAGGAGAGGGCUUUGUUGGGGGACUGCGCGGCCGGCGAUGAUGCAGAGAUAUGCAGUGGACAGGGCCAGUGCUACUGCGGACAGUGUGUGUGUCACACUUCCAGCUUUGGACGCAUCUACGGAGCCUACUGCCAGUGCGACAAUUACUCUUGUGUUCGCUUCCGAGGGGAGCUGUGCGGAGGCCAUGGCCUGUGUGACUGUGGAGAGUGCCACUGUGACCCUGGUUGGACUGGAGAAUACUGCAACUGCAGCAGCAGCACAGACACCUGCCUGUCUGAGGACGGGACCCUCUGCAGCGGCCGCGGGAGCUGCGAGUGUGGCCAGUGUGUGUGCUCUGUCCCAGCAGCGUCAGGGGACAGGUGUGAGAAGUGCCCCACAUGCGGAGACGCCUGUAGCUCUGCAAGGAGCUGUGUCGAGUGCCACCUCCAACCAGAAGAGGACACUGAGCUCUGUGCCCAAAAGUGCAGCUCCCACAAGAUUUCUAUAAACACAUCAGCAGAUUAUGACCAAGACGCCAUGAAAUGCACUUUGAUGACGGAUUCCGAGUGCUGGAUCUCCUUCUAUGUGACAGGAAGUGAGCUAGGGACCAAUGCCUUCGAUCUUCAGAUGUAUGGUUGCCCAGAGCCUCCAAACAUUCCCAUGAUUAUCCUGGGAGUGUCUCUGUCUGUGGUCUGCAUUGGUCUGAUCCUUCUGGCCGUGUGGAAGGUGCUGGUAUCCGUCCAUGACCGUAAAGAGGUGGCAAAGUUUGAAGCUGAAAGAGCAAAGGCAAAAUGGCAGACGGGGACCAAUCCUCUUUUCAAAAGUUCAACAUCAACAUUCAAGAACGUCACUUACAAGAGCUCAGCCAGAGAAAAGAUUAUAACAAUGGAUACCUGCUGA